UUAACUAUAAAUUAAGCAAAAGACCAGCAAAUACAAAACCCCCAUGUUUGCAUUCGCCGGGCUUUUCUAGCGGUUAGUUUUUAAAUCCACCUCUAAUGCCGAGUCUCAUGUAAAAAGAUAAAAGUUAUUGUCAUGCCACAGUCUGGUUAUAAAAGGAGUAAAAUGACCCUCACGUCAAAGGCUCCAUGCUUUAAAUCCAAGUUUAUAACUGCUGAGCUGGCUCAUCUGUUCACCCAGUCAGACAGCGAGGAGGACUUUGAAGGUUUCAGUGAGGAUGAGGAAGAAGAGGACAGAGGACGCUUUAAUAAACAACUAAGGACUAAAGUGGUGGAUUCAGAAGAGGACAGUGACAUAGACACAGGCUUCCAUUCUGAUGAGGAGGAGGCCCCACCAGCAAAGAGAAGGAGUCUUUUAGUAGCUCUGAGGUUUCCCGUCAAAAGAGUGUCUUCACCCAAGAAGGAAACACAAGAGAAAAGUGUUAAAAAGCCAGUCAAAGGAAAAUCUCUCUCACAGAUAUCCAGAGGAAGGCAGACGGUGAAGCAGAAACAGGAUGAAGAAAAGGAGGAGGAGGAUGAAGACAAAGAGGAGGAGGAGCUCUCUCAUAGCCUAAAGAAACGAGACAAGAACAUCCAAGAAAACAAGGCCAUGCUGGCCAAGUUGUUUGCUGAUCUGAGCACCACGAUGGCUGACCUGACAGCACCCACCACUCCUCAGAAGAAGAAACGGCUGUCAGAGAGGGCAACGCCAAAGAAACGCAAGUCUGAAACGGGUGUGGUGUCAGAAAGGAGGAACCCGUCGCGUAAGGCUCGUCCUCCUGAGAACUUUGCAGUGGAAGAAAAGAGCGAGCCCGUUCAUGUCCGAAGCCCCCGUUCUGUAGACAUCAAGAGACUGGUGGAGGUGGACGAGGACCAUGUUGGUGAGAAACAGAAAAAGAGAAAGAGCCAUUCUUCCAGGAGGAGUCAGUAUUCCGUGAAGUCGGUCGACGAGAUCACCAAAGAAGACCUGGACAACAUAGCGUACCGCAGCAAAGACAAGAUCUGGGACAAGGAGAAUGGAAGCUCCUGUCACCAGUGCAGACAGAAGACUCUGGACACUAAGACAGUGUGCCGCAGUGGUUUCUGUGUGGGGGCCAAAGGUCAGUUCUGUGGACCGUGCCUGAAGAACCGCUAUGGAGAGGAUGUACGCACCGUGCUGCUAGACCCGAUGUGGUCGUGUCCCAUCUGCCGAGGGAUGUGCAACUGCAGUCUGUGUCGUAAGAAAGAGGGCCGCUGUGCCACCGGUAUUCUGGUCGGUUUGGCUCGCUACAAUGGCCACGACAACGUGCACGAGUAUUUGGAGAGUAUUCGAAAAGAGCUGCAGUGAAAACAAGAGACCCGAUCAGAGGAAAGAACUUGCAAAAACAGAUGAUAUCCAGGGGAGGAGGAUCUGAUGCUGCACAGUACAUGUACUGUAGAAAUCAUUUUAAAUGCACAUUUUUAGGUUUAGAGCAAACUUUACUAGACAUACUAAAUCAAAAGUCUGUUAUUGUUGUUUUCACCUUAAGCUGAAGCACCUAUACUGUUCUGUGUUUUAUAUAUGCUGAUUUUUUUUUUUUUUAAGACUGCAUAAGAUGCAGGGAUGCUUUUUCUUUGUUUUAAAGCCAGUACUCACUUUUUACUUGGAGGUUUGUUUUCUUUUGGGUUGUUUUUAAUCGUGAUGUCGCUCAGACAGCUGUAAUCUUUUAAUUUUUGUGAUUCGGGUACAAACAGCCUUUAACACAAACUACUGUUUUAAAACUGAGUUACUUUGCAGCUUUUCUGUCCGUCUACUGUUAAUCCUAAUAAAGGACAUUACUAUCUGAA